AUGUUUCCAGGCUCAAGGCUUUCUGGAAAUCGUAGCCUUGCUCUCAUGAUGCAGCUGCGAGGCUACCAGCAAAGAAUCGUCGAUGAUGCUCUGACAACUGGGAACACGAUUGUUGUCCUUCCGACUGGUGCAGGGAAGACACUGAUCGCAUCCGAGUUGAUGAAGAGACUUGGUCCCGGAUGCCUCUUUCUAGUUCCAACCUGCUUGCUGGUCGAGCAGCAAGCAAAGGCUAUACGUGAGUGGACGGGCCUGCGGGUUGCCGAGUUUAUGGGCGGCGCGUCCAUGCCUCAGCAGUUUGAUGUGCUAGUCUCAACGCCCAAAGCCUUUCACACAAUGCAGGCCAAGGGAGUUCGGAGCUUCCGGUGGGAUGCCUUUAAGCUGGUGGUCUUCGAUGAAGUUCACCACGUUUUGAAGGAGCACCCUUACCGGCAGCUGGCCCUGUCAUUGUCCAGGCUUCCUGCAGGUCCCCCGCAAGUCUUGGGCUUGUCAGCGUCUCUGACAUAUGCGGUCGGAGAACAAAGGGUUGAGCAGGAGCUGGCGAGGAUCUCCAGGGAGCUGCGUAUUCAGCACAUGGCAACUGCCACUGCCUGGGAGCUUGAGGCAGGUGGCUACCACAGCAAGGCAGGCCAAGCAACUCUGCCAACCUGGAACCUUCCUUGCUCAGUGCCGGAGGGCGUGCUCCCAAUCGGGGAGCGCAAGCCACAUCUCAUGGCAAAGAAAUUCUUCGAUCGACUCCAAGAGGGAGCGUCGACUCCCUUCACCCAGCGUCUCCUCUCAGUGGUGCGCGCGAUGGAGUCAGCUGUGGCAUCUGAGGAUUCCGGCUUCAAGUCUCCCUUGCAGAACCCUGCCCCGAGGAUGUGGGGGGACUAUGCGCACAGAAGAGUUGGCCAGUCGGCAAAGUUUGCGUCUCUGGAGCACUGGUACGAGGCUCUGAGAAUGCUGGUCACAUCAUGGGAAGAGGCGGAGGACGCUGCCACAACAUACUUGCGCAUGGUUGGAGAAGGCCAGUCAAAGCCGUUCACAUGGCCAUCUGAAGUUGAGGCAGCCAGUGCGCAAUUCUGGCACAAUUCUGCAGACUCCUUUCCACGCUUGGAGCAUUUGAAAGACGCGCUGCUCUAUGAAUACGAAACGCUGUCAACAACGCACGGCUCAUUCAGGUGCAUCCUUUUUGUACAGCAGCGAAUUAUGACCCACAUCUUGGAGCAUUUCGUCAGAACGGAUGAGGCGUUGGCGAACAGGCUCAACCCUGCGUGCAUCUACGCAACGGCAUCCCCAGCGACACCCUCGUUCCGGGUGUCUGCAGCAGACUCCAAGGCUCGCCUAGCUAGUUUCGCAAAGGGUGGCAUCAACUUGCUCAUCGCCACCGUGGUUGCUGAAGAGGGCAUGGACGUUCCCGCCGCAAACUGCGUGAUUCGGUUUGACCCAAUGAUCAACUCGGUGUCCCUUGUGCAGGGUCGUGGGCGCGCGCGCCAGCCAGAUUCCUCCUUCGUGGUGCUUUGCGAGCGGCAAGACCGGCCCACAUCGACUUUGGCAGCGGUCGAGGCGCAACAGUUGGAGAUCAUACGCAACUUCAAGCCUGACCACGUGGCCGACGCGACGCAGGACUCCGCAGCCCAGCGUUCUCGUGAGCGAAAUGCUCGUGAAGUUCUGUUGGCACCGGGUGCUUCGAAUGCAACUGAGGUGUUGAAUUUGUACUGCAAGAAGACGAAAGUGCAGCUGCAAGAGGAGUUUGUCCCGACAGGACCCGAAAUCGAAUGCAGGUUGAAGUACGAAUCCAUCCUUAGAUCAGUUCAGGCCGCAGGGUCCUCGGGCCCGUUUUCCCGUGCGGCGGAGGGCAGAAAGCAAGCCAAGCGCAUGGCAGCUGCCGCUCUACUGGCGGCCUUGCAGCAGUGA